GUGCCUGCAUAAAUGCAUAACACAUCUUCAUGUUAUCAACCAAGAAGGAAGUCAUGGAUGGCCUCUUCAUCUGCACAUCUCUGUCCCUAUUCUUCAUCCUCUUGAUCAUCAUCAAAUUCAUAUUUCGAACUAAACAACACCUACCACCAAGCCCUCUAACUUUACCAAUUAUAGGCCAUCUCCAUCUCCUAACCCCCUUACCCCAUCGAAUCUUCCAACAGCUCUCACAGAAAUAUGGCCCUGUUGUUUCCCUCUGGUUUGGCUCACGUCGUGUGGUUGUAGUUUCUUCAUCCUCAGUAGCUGAAGAAUGUUUCACCAGAAACGAUCUUGUUCUGGCUAACCGUCCUCGCUUCAUUCUCAUAGGCAAGCACGUAGGCUACAACUACACCACUGUGGUGGUGUCUCCAUAUGGUGAUCACUGGCGCAACCUACGCCGCAUUGGCGCUACAGAGAUCUACUCUCCCAGUAGGCUCAACAUGUUCUCGAGCACCAGGAAGGAUGAAGUCAAGCGACUGCUGUUCAAACUCUCACACAAUUCACGUAAAGAUUUUACAAAGGUGGACUUGAGAUCAAUGCUCUCUGAGAUGGCAUUUAACAUCAUAAUGACAAUGGUGGCCGGGAAGAGGUAUUAUGGAGAUGGUGUGUCGGACAAUGAAGAGGCCAAAGAGUUCAGAGAUAUCCUGAGCAAGAUUUUCUUGUAUGCUGGUGCAACAAACCCCUCAGACUUUAUGCCUAUUUUGAAAUGGUUUGGGGGUGGUGGGUUUGAGAAGAAGUUGAUGGAGUUGGGUAAGAGGAAUGAUGCAUUCUUGCAAGGUUUGAUUGAUGAGCAGAACCUGAGUAAAACUACAUCAGAUCAGAGUAAAGCGAGUACCAUGAUCCACCAUUUACUUUCUCUUCAAGAAUCAGAGCCCAAAUACUACACCGAUGAAAUUAUCAAAGGGCAUAUACUGGUCAUGCUUAUGGCGGGUACUGAUUCAUCAUCCCUGACAAUAGAAUGGGCUAUGUCCAAUCUGCUCAACCAUCCUGAGGUGCUAAAAAGGGCUAGAGCUGAACUGGAUGCUGAAUUUGGACAAGAACACUUAAUAGACGAACCCUAUAUCUUCAAACUACCUUACCUACAAAGUAUCAUCUCAGAGACUCUCCGCUUGUACCCUACUGCUCCACUACUAAUGCCCCAUUAUUCAUCCGAUGACUGCACCAUCGGAGGAUUCGAUGUGCCACGCGACACAAUGGUAAUGAUCAACGCUUGGGCCAUACAUAGAGAUCCUAAGUUGUGGGAUGAUCCUGAAAGCUUCAAGCCUGAAAGAUUUGCAAAUGGUGGAGAAGAGCCAUACAAGCUCAUGCCAUUUGGACAAGGAAGAAGGGCUUGCCCUGGUAUAGCCUUGGCUCAACGUGUGGUUGGCUUGGGUUUGGGAUCAAUGAUCCAAUGUUUUGAGUGGGAAAGAGUUGGUGAUAUGAAGGUUGAUAUGAGUGAAGGUGAAGGACUCACAAUGCCUAAAGCUGUGCCAUUGGAAGCUAUGUGUAAAGCACGCCCACUUGUAGACAAGGUUCUCUUCUAGAUUAUUAAAAACAAAAAAAACAAAGACCAGAAAAUUCUCUAGUGUAAAACAGAUACUCAUACUUGUGUCUAU